AAAUUUGAGGAUCUUCGAGAGCAAAUAAAAGAGCGUUGGGAACAGAUUGGGGGUGAACAAACACAAAUUGUUACAUUAAUGAGUGGAAUAGAAAAAAUGUUUGAAGAAGCUAAAUUAAAAAUUACGGAGAAAUUACGUGCUACUUUACUUGUUUUAUAUUCUUUGGGAUGUAAAAUAUUAGAAGGAAAAAUUGGUUAUAAAUCUGGCUACGAUGUGAUUUUCGAAACUGACAAAAUUUUUGCAUACGGUUUAAAUGAUAAUUUUAAAAAGGUUUUAAAAGUUUUAUCAGGCUUAAAUCCGGCAAAAGAUACUCGUUUAAAUGAAUUAGUUGAGAAUGCAGAAUUACUUGAUAAACUUGCUGGUAUUGGUUCUAAAGUUGAAAUUAAAUAUCCAAAAUCAAGUAAUCAACCUAUAAAUUUUGCUUUAAUGAUUGAUAAUGUGGGGGAUGCAGAGAAAAUGUCUGGGCAAAUAUUGACAGAAAUUAUUGAUAAAAUUAUGCAUGAAGUUGCUGGAAAUGAAGGUGGUUGGGGAUAUGUUAAAUCUGAUAAUGAUGAAAUAAACAAAAUUAGUAAAGAAGAAUUAAUAAUUAAUGAAGAAAUAGAAAAGACUGACAAAACUAUUUUGGAUGAAAAUAAAGAAAAAAUGGUAAUUGAAGAUUCUAAAAGUGACAAUAUUUUGGUUAAAUUUUGA